AAUUUAUAUUGCACAUAUAAAAAUGGGUUGUCUUACUUCCUCUUCAAAAGAUGAAGAUAUGAGCAUGGCUUUGUAAAGUUCUAAGAAACUUAAAAUAGUAAUAGUAGGAUUAGAAGGAAGUGGUAAAACAGCGAUACUUUAAUAUUUGAAGAAUGGAAAAUAUACAGAAAGUUAGCCUACAAUAGGUAUUGCUAAUUGAAAUUAGGUUUGAAUGUGGAAACAAUAUAAUUCAAAGCAAGGCAUUAUUUAAUAUUUGAUGUUGGUGGUAAAGUUAGAACAUUAUGGUCUCAUUAUUAUGAAAAUUUAGAUGGAUUAGUGUUUGUUGUAGAUACAACAGAUUUAGAAAGAAUUGAAAUUGUUAAAAAUGAAUUGAAGAAAUUAGGAAGCGAAAUAAAAUAGAAAGUAUUAUAUCAUCUAAAAUAGAUAGUGCUGCUGAUUUAUUUGAAUAAAAUUGAUUUGCCAAGAUCAACACCUGUAGAAUUAUGCAAAGAUAUUCAAUAAUAGGAAUAAGAAGUAGUAAUGUAGAGAUGUAGUGCAAAAACAGGAGAAGGUAUUUGGGAAGGAAUUGAUAAAAUGAAUAAAUUAUUGGAUCAUAAAUUUUAAUAGUGA